GUUUCAAAGCGUCCCCCUAUUCAAUCGAUGUCUUUGGCUUCAUCCAGUUCUGUUCGAAAUGCGAGGAGAGAUGAGGCAUUGUAUUAAAAAUAUUAACGGUAUCGUAUCUGAAUUGUAUACUAUAUACCAGUGCAUACGGUAUCACCAAUAAGGAAAAACAGAAACCCGAUUUUAAAUGGCAUAAUCUAUAUAUGCCCAAAAGCCCAAGAGAAGCGGAACAGACCCAGGGAGUUUAUUCCUGGAGCUACGCGACCAUAGCCGCUUCAUAGCGGCUAAACAAAGUUGUUUUGGCCUUUCUUACCCUGAAGGGUAUAUCUCACUCUUUCAGUAAGUAAUAGCGCGGCCUGAAGUAACUAAACUGUCACCAUGAGCUCUCGUCAGUGCAAGAGCUGCGGCGGCACGGAUAUAGACAUCGACCAGGCCCGGGGCAGUGCAGUUUGCAUGGGCUGCGGUUCCGUGUUAGAGGACAACAUCAUAGUAUCAGAGGUGCAAUUCGUGGAGAACAGUGGGGGCGGAUCCUCAGCCGUGGGACAGUUCGUCUCUUCAGAUGGUACAGGGAAGGCCCCAGCCUUGGGGAGUGGGUUCCACACCAGCUUGGGAAAGGAGUCUCGGGCCCAGACGCUGCAGAACGGGAAACGGCAGAUCCAUAACCUGGGCAACCAGCUGCAGCUGAACCAGCACUGCCUGGACACGGCUUUCAACUUCUUCAAGAUGGCAGUGAGCAAGCACCUGACACGGGGCCGGAAGAUGGCCCACGUGAUCGCCGCCUGCCUUUACCUGGUCUGCCGGACGGAGGGCACGCCUCAUAUGCUCCUGGACCUGAGUGAUCUCUUGCAGGUGAAUGUCUACAUCCUGGGCAGAACCUUCCUCCUACUGGCCAGAGAGCUGUGCAUCAACGCCCCUGCCAUAGACCCUUGCCUCUACAUACCCCGCUUUGCCCACAUGCUGGAGUUUGGGGAGAAGAACCAUGAGGUCUCCAUGACAGCGCUGCGGCUGCUGCAGAGGAUGAAGAGGGACUGGAUGCACACGGGCCGCCGGCCGUCCGGGCUGUGCGGGGCGGCCUUACUGGUCGCCGCCCGCAUGCACGAUUUCCGCCGCACGGUGAAGGACGUCAUCGGCGUGGUGAAGGUGUGCGAGGCCACGCUGAGGAAGAGGUUGACAGAGUUUGAAGACACGCCCACCAGUCAGCUGACCAUCGAUGAGUUCAUGAAAGUAGACCUUGAGCAGGAAUGUGACCCGCCAGCGUUUACCGCUGGGCAGAAGAAGCUGAAGCUGCAGCAGCUUGAGCAAGAAUUGGCCAAGCUUGAUGAAGUUCAAGGUGAGAUCAGCUGUUACCAGGAUGAGAUUGAGACGGAGCUGGAGAACAGCAGGCCCAAACUGAGGGGGAUCUACGCGGCGUAUGCCAGAGAAGCCCCAGACUGCCACGACGAACUCGCCGACGAGGAGCAGGAGGACGAGGAGCUGGAGGCUGCGGCAAAACACCUCAACCGGGAGUUCCUCAGCACGGUGCUCCCGGGGAAAGCAGAGGAGGCGACCUCGGAACCACCGCUGCCCAAAGAGCUCCCCCUGCUGGGCCCCCUGCCAACUGCCGCCAGCCUGGGUCUCACGGAGACUCUUCGGGAGUGCAUCGAUCGGGAGAAGGAGGACGAAGAAAAUUCUGAAAAUGGAGAGCUGAACCUGGAUGGCAUCGAUGAAGAGGAGAUCGAGAGGUAUAUUCUGAACGACAAAGAGGUGAAGAUUAAGACGGAGCUGUGGAUGAAGCAGAACGAGGAAUAUCUGAAAGAACAGAGAGAGAAGGAAGAAAGGAUAGCAAAAGAAAAGGAGCUGGGAAUCUACAAGGAACAGAAGCCCAAGAAGUCGGGUCGGAGGCGGGAGCCAAUCCACGCCAGCACGGCGGGCGAGGCCAUCGAGAAGAUGCUGGAGCAGAAGAAGAUCUCCAGCAAGAUCAACUACGACGUGCUGCGCGACCUCAACAGCAAGGGCAGCGGCGGCGGGGGCGGGGGCGGGGUCAGCGGCGCGAGCCCCGCCCCCAGGGCCGCGGGGGGCAAGCGGCUCCCCGGCCGCAGGAAACGGACCAGCACCAACCGCAGCCUGGCCGCCCACGUCAGCAGCAUGGCCAAGAGACUCCGCCCAUUGAUAUCCGCCCAAGCCAAUAAGAAGCUCGCUGUGGAACAGGCCGCCCUCGCCAGCCCCCCGCCCACGCCCGCUCCCGAGCCCGCGCCCGUGCCUGUGCCCGCUGGCCCCUCGGUAACAGUGGUGGUGGAGACCGGGCCGGUGGUGUACGAGGAGGAGGCAGAGGAGGAGGAAGAGGAGGCUGAGGAGCCCUGUGUCAGCGCCAUGGAGCUACUGGGGAACAAUGAUUACGGGCAUGAAGUGGACGAGGAAGAGGAGGGGCUGUAGCGGUCGGCCGUGUCCCUGUACCGGCCCUCUGCGACGCACUGACCUGGCUUCCCCCCUGGUCCUCAGGGAGCGGGAGUCACUGCUGGAGGAGAUGGGAGGCUCAGUGAGCCCAGGGAAGGGGCCUGUGAAGGGGCGGAGCAGCUCGGGGGAGGGGUCUAAACAUACCAAUCAACACCAGCUUCUGGAUGACACGGGCAACAAAGAGACCAGUUAUAACAGCCGUGCCGCUAGCCGGCUCAUUAGAGUUCUCUGAGCAGUCACUGUGAACACUCCCUACAGCCGCUGUGUGAAAGUGUCAGCACUGACCACGCCCUGGUGGUCUCAUUCACAGCCCAGACGGACAUUAGUGAGCUCUUCUCCAGGGCUGUUCAAAAUGCCUGUGAACAGGAAGGGGAAGGGGGAAUUAUAAGCUGAUUUGCUCACCCUAUGGUGAGGCUGAGAUUGUAUUUUUGACUUGUCACUAGAUUGUUCUUUGUUCACCACAUCUAGUUUUCUAGGAUAGGUAGGGCUUUAGCUGGAAGUAGGCCUCUGGCCACCCUCCCACCUUUCAAGACAAGGUGUACAGCCCUAUUGCAUCACUAGACUGCUAACUCAUUAUUUCUGUAUGUGAAGUGCAAUUGGCACGCCUUACGGGUAAGACUCUAGACCAGGGAUCUGAAACUCAAAUCCUGGAGGACUUUGGAGUGACUGGUGGUUUUCAUUGUGUGCAACAACUUAAGUGCUUUUCUGUGGCUUUUCUGUAGAUAAUUACAGUAGGAUUCUCUCUCUCUCUCUCUCGCUCUCUGUCUCUCUCUCAACACACCUUGCAUCCACAGCAUCAAUUAGCUGCUGAUUGAAAUUAAAUGAUGUCAACCUGCAGACAGUGCAGCCGUCCAGGACUACAGUUUAAGAUCCAUUGCUGUAAACCCCCGAACGCACACAGUAUCAACGGCAGCUCCAAAGGCAUCCAGCAAAUUAAUUCCCAAAGCAGUGUAGCUGCUCGAAACAGAGCUUUAAAUCAUGAAGUCUGACCAAUAACAGGGCAUCUGUUUAAUCCUGGUUUCUGCAUGAUUCAUAUGCCUUUAAGCUCCAGAACAUAGCUAGCUCUCUUAGCUUUAAUGGAUUUGUGUGGUUUUUUCCCCCAUAUUCUUCUAUUUCCUAUUUAACUACAGAAGUGAGACAUCCUGUAUGUACAUUUUUUGGCAUUGGGUAUGUAUUUCAAUAUGUACAGAUUGAAGGACUACAAAAAAAGGGUUGUUUGCAAAACAAGUAUCCUGUAUAUACCAAUGUACAUGUUAAUAUCUUUGGCUGUACUGUUUUAGGAUUGUAUGUUUUUUGUAUUUAUGUGUUUAGUUUCUUCUGGAACAUUCCAAAAUUUCAAUGGGCAUUUUAUCCGUUUCCUUAUCUCAGCAGGAGCAUUCUCCUCUGUUUUAAAUAAUCUGAUUUUUAAGACGAUGAACAAAUGCAUGAUUGUACAUAUUUUAAUGACCCCACGCUUUGACUGUGCAGCGGGAUUGGCCGCACACCAGCCCAUUCCUUCCGUUCCGAUUGGGCGGCCAGCCUGCUGUCGGCGACGUCCACCAAUGGCAUUUUUAGUAAAGUUCCAUUCCAAGCAG